CAGAUUGGAUAUGGACACCCUGAGGUCCGGCAGGGGCCAGGAGCAAGCAGCGAUCAUCACGAAACAUGAGCAGGUACGGGCCAGGGUGCUGGGGGAGGAGGUGGGGCCCUGUCUCAAGCACUGUGCCUGUGAGAGCCAGACCCUGCCUCCCUGGGGACAUGGGGAGGGUGGCUCAGGUCCCCCAGUGACUGAGACCCAGGCUUCUCACCUGGGUCCACUCUCCCUGCAGGGUCCCCAUAAAGAGGCCCAGUUUCAUCUGGGAGAAGAGGAUGAUGAGAGUGGAGCGCUCGUCCCAGACAAACUUAGAUUCCUGCAUAAGCAGAAGCCACCCAGGCCUGGAUGCCUGGCAAUGCAAGGGCGUAAACAUCAGGAGGGCCGCCGACUGCAAAAAUGGAACAAGAUGCUGCGAAAUUUCACCAAGUACCACAGCAGUGAGAAGUUCCACCGGAGAAUUGAGAAAGGCAUCCCCGCCCAGGUGCGCGGCAAGGUGUGGGCCAUGAUGCUCUCCGUGGAUACCAGGAAGGCCCAGAACCCUGGCAAAUUCGAGGAGAUGAAGGAACGGGCCAGGUUGUGCUCAGAUCAAGUCCAACAGAUCGAUGAAGAGGUAGCACGCACGUUCAGAAAUCACAUCAUGUUUCGAGAGAGAUACAGAGCCAAGUGAGGCCUCUGGGCUGCAGGGGUCCCGGGGGAGGGAGGUACAAGGGUCCUGGUACACAUGGGGUCCUAGGAGAGACUUGGGCUCAAACCUAAAGCGUAAUUGCUCUAGGACAGAAAAAAAUGGAUCCAUGGCCUUCUAUUUAUACUGAACAGUUUGCUUUCCCAAAGACACUUUGGUGGGAAUGAAAUGAAAAGGAACACAAGGGGAGACAGUAUUUACAAAAUAUAUAAAAUGAAGUUUGUAAAUCUAAAUAACAAGAAAGCAAAUCAGGGUUCCCUGCCCUGACACGGGCCAAGGCUCAGGAGGGCCCCUGCAUGAUGGCACACACAAUUCUACUCAACGCAUGAACACACACUUAGCACCUAAAGCACAACGGGGCACCAGUGCACAGCUGUGAGAAUGGGGGAACUAAGACCACUGAGGACCCCGGGUGCUGGGGACAAUGUGAGGUGAGCACCACUCUGGUUCAUUGCAGGAACAGAGCACAGCGCCCAGGCCACCGGCAGCACCCAGGGCCAUUUCUCACAAUGAGAAACACACACAUUCCACACGAACCCCCAGCACACACGCACAUGUACACAACCACCAGAACAGCUGAGUGCACAGAAAACCCUCACCCAGGAUUCAGGGUUGUGUUCACAGUCACUGGACGCAGGACUAGCCUGCAUGAUGCUCAGUGGGGACACGGAUAAGCAACCCAUGUCACAGCUGAAUCCGAGAAUGGGAUUCAGUGAGAAGCAGGACGAGACUCGGCCCUGGGCUCACCUGGAUGCAUCUCAGGUGCAUUCUGCUAAGAGAGGAUGCGUCCCUCAAAGGCUACACCUGCUAUGAUCCACUCACAGGACAUCUGCAAGAGGCCAAACCCUGGGACACACAACAGGGCAGUGGUGGCCACGGGCUGGGGGAGGUGGGGAGUUUGGCCACAGAGGCUCAUGGGGAACACAUAGGCCACAGGAGCUGCUCCC